CACAUUUUUAAAAACAUUAGAAAUAAACUUAAAAAGUAUGUUGAUAUUAACAAAUUUAUUAAGGCUGUUCAAAAACUUGUAUAUAAUAAUAGUUUAGAAAUUUACUAUGUUGAACAAGAGAUCACAGCAUUAUGGAGGCAAUUUCCAGAGGCCAAAAU